UGUGCCCGAUAAUAUAGAAAUGUAUGAAAGUGAGAUUGGACGUCGAAUAAAUCGAGUCCAUCGUCAGAAAAGUAUUAGACAACUGCAAUGGGUUAAAGAUUUGGUUAGGGCUCAAGUCACAAAAAAAGUGACUGGGAAAAAGGGUUGGGAAGAACAAGAAAUUAUCGAGCAGGAGAUCUAA